UCUCACUCUCUCUUUCUCUGGGCGGAGAAGUGAAAUGUGGGAGGCGUGUCCGUCUUGCACUUCACGGAAGAGCCUCAGAGUCCGAACCUCCGCGUCCGACAGGCGCAAGGACGAACCGGGAUCCCCUGCCUCCGGACCCUGACGGACCCACCGCGGCCAGAGGACGGGUUCUGCCCGGGCGGCGCAGCGACAUGCCAGCCAGACGCGCCUGAAGCCGCGCAGACAGCAGCGCAGCUCCGGGGGGAGAAACACGGGAGACAUGGCCCACGUCGGCAACGGCGCGGCCGCCGAGGAGGAGGACUGCUUUGAGGAUGCCUUCGAUCGGAUACCUUCGGCUUGUCAGAUGGACCUGCACACUGCCAUCCAGGAGACUCAGUGCGCUCUCAACCUCGUCCUCAACAACAAGUUCUCUCAGGCUCUGGACCUGCUCCAGCCGUGGUGGAAGCACAGCAUGUACCACGCUCUGGGCUACAGCAGCAUCCUGGUCAUGCAGGCCACCAUGACCUUUGACCAGAAGGACAUCCAGACGGCCAUGGAGACCAUCAAGCAGGCGCUGCAGACCUGCCACCGGUUCAGAAAGAGAAACUCGGUGGUCGGUUCUCUGUCCAGCCUGAUCAGCAAGCAGUCCAACUUACAGGAAGGUACCAACCUCAUCACUGACUUUAACUGGGAAAUCACUUGA